GCCCGGGCGCAUCGCCCGCGCCGCCGCCGCCCCGCUGCCAUGAGGUCCCCCGGCGAGGUGCUCCGCGAGGGCGAGCUGGAGAAGCGCAGCGACAGCCUCUUCCAGCUGUGGAAGAAGAAGCGCGGCGUGCUCACCCCCGACCGCCUGCGCCUGUUCCCCGCCGGCCCGGGCGCGCGCCCCAAGGAGCUGCGCUUCCACUCCAUCCUCAAGGUGGACUGCGUGGAGCGCACGGGCAAGUACGUCUACUUCACCAUCGUCACCACCGACCGCAAGGAGAUCGACUUCCGCUGCCCAGGCGAGAGCUGCUGGAACGCGGCCAUCACGCUGGCGCUCAUCGACUUCCAGAACCGCCGCGCCCUGCAGGACUUCCGCAGCCGCCAGGAGAGCGCCGGGCCCCCGGCUCAGCCCGCGCCGCCCGCGCCCCCCGCGCAGCCCGAGCCCCGGCUGGCCCGCGCGCCCUGAGCGCCGCCGCGGAGCCACACCACACGCAGGCCGAACCACGAGGCCGCGCCGGCAGGAGCCCAGUGGGUGCCUUGGACAGGGGUGGGGGGCCUGGACGGGCCGCCCCCCUCUGACCACGGCGAGGACAAAGGCCGGGGCUGUGUCCAGCCCCACAGAAGAGGACCUUCCUUCCCAUCCAGAGCUGCGCAGCCGUGCCUGCUGUGCAGGCACGUUAAAUUAUCGGACUAUCUAUAUUUAUUUUCAUGGUUAUUUGUCGUCAAACAGUCUGUCUUAAUAUUUUGUUUUUGCAUCAGUGUGACCAUUCCAAAUAAACCACUUGACCAUU